CACCACCUCCCCGGGCAACCUGUUCCAAUGCCUCACCAUACAAACAGUGAAAAAUUUUUCUAAUAUCUAAUCUGAAUCUCUCCUGUCUCAGAUUAAGGCCAUUUCUAGUCCUCUCACUGCAGGCACGGCAGAAGAGACCUGCCCCCACCUCACUACACCCUCCUUUGAGGUGGUUGUGGAGAGCAAUGAGGUCCCUCCGAGUUGUGCCUUUAUUGCCCAACAUAAACGUUUCCCCCCAUAAUUUCAUUCUGCCCUCAUGUGUUCGGCUGUUUCCCCUGCAGCAGUUCUAAGAACAGUGACUGCUAUUAGAACCUACAGGUUUUUGUGCUUUCAAAACAGUAUCUUGAGCGAUGACAUAAAUCCAUACAAUAUAUAAAAAAUUUCUUGGGAUUUUAGGGUCUUGGUAUCUUAAAUCACAGGCUGAAAAAUGCAAAUGCUCCACAGGUGGGCAAUACCCAGGUUUCCAAGAAAAGUCCUAUCAGAAAAGCAUGUCAGAACAGCCAGACUCCUGAACUGCCCCAUCACCACAGCACUCACAUUUUUAGCUUUUAGAUUUUUAUGUCCAACAUGGCACUGCCCAGGAGAGCUCCAGACAGUCACAUUUCUCAAUGCUGAAACUACCUGUUCGCAGUGACAUUUGUUAACCUUCAUCCUUACUUCACACUGUGUUUACUAGUAAGGACAUUUAUAAUCCUAUUUUCUACUAGCUUGUCCUGCAAAAAGAGGAAUUAUGUGAGUUUUCACUUGUAUGAUUCUAUUAAUUUGGUAAAAAACUCUGCUGUGUUUCUCAGCAGUGAUAAUUUGGCUUUGCUAGAGUUAAACCCCUUUACUAUGUACUUCUCUGCUGGAGUAAAGUUAGAGACAAUCUUUGAAAAAGAUUUGCAGCUGCCUUUGAGAUUAACAUUCUGUAGUAGGCAAUUGUUUCUUUAAAAAACCCUAAUAUACUUUAGGCACCCAAAACCUUCGCUUGCUGUGCCAAAUGUAAGGUGAUGUGCUUUAUUUUCACAAAUCUAAAAUACCCAGUGUAACUCCGAAGCCUGAAGCGGAAAAAAGGUUUUCUAUUUUCUUUCCCCCAGGAACAGAGCUAUGCUGAGAAUGUGUGUGCAGAUAAUAGACUAAUUCAAACCUUCAGAUCAGCUGUUCUCAAAAUCAUACUAUUGCCCAAAUUAAAGCAUAAACAAACAUUUGUGACCGACGUAGCUGCUUCAAAUAGGAGGAUGCCUUGGUCAGUGUUACUCAUUUUGGAACAGACCGAGAGAACGCAGAAUCAAAAUGAAGAAGUUUCUUGUGUUUGUCUCCUUUUUGGUCCUGAUGACCACUGUUACAGACACUUCACCAAUUUUGUCUGAAAAAGAGGCCAAACAGCUUCUGAGAACUCGUCGUGAAAGCAGACCGAGAAAAGCUGGUUUCCCUGACGAGCCAAUGAGGGAGUAUAUGCUUUAUCUCCAGCGCUUGGAGCAGAGAUCAGAAGAACAAUUCCUUGAACACUGGCUGAAUCCACAUUGUCUCCCACACUGCAACAGGGAUCUAGUGCAUCCAAUCUAAUGUUUUUGCCUACCCUGCAAUUGAUCUCCAUGGGCACAUGGAUUUAUACUAUGAUUGUGUUAAGGAGGAAGAGAUUAUUCCUGCAUUGGCUACGUGCUCAUUGUAGACCUGAACCUCUUUGCAAUACAGUGCAAUCUUAGUGAUAGAGCAAAACUUCCAGCUACAAGUGGUUACAUAUGUUAUAGACCACCAUAUAUUUUCUACCAGUAAUGAUUGCAUGCAUGAAUAAAUGAACCAAGGGUUUCCCCCAGUUUCUGAGUUAUGGGCAAGAAUAAAUCCCUGAUUAGCCCUUUAAAGGGCACAGCUUUAGACUGUCUGAAGCAAGAGGACUUAGAGGGAGAGGUCCAUAGAAAAUGGGAGAAUAUCAACAUGAAGAGGCAGCCAGCUUUCUGGACUUUAGAGGAAUCCCUAAUUACAGUUUUCUAGGUUAAAUAACAAUAUUGCAUGAAGACAUAACAUUUACACAACACUCUGUUUAAUUGCCUGAUGAGUAUUUCAUGUAUUGUUUCAUAAUAAA